AUGACACUUGAAGAUAAGCCCUUGCGAAAAGCUCAUUUAACGUUGCAACCACUGCUGAUUCUCCUCCGCGAGACCAUUGUUCUAUCCGUUGCUCUGAAAGGUGCCGCUGGUGGAAUAUCUUGCGCUUACAAGAUACAACAGCUGCUCUUCAGCCACGUUGGUCAGCGAUGUUGUUUUUGGAUAAACGAAGAAAAAUACUUUUUUCCGACAUUAUGA